AUGAUUACCAAUGUCUUCUGGGGGCACAUGUGGGUACCCGUGGGUGUUCUGGCUUCGCUGCAGUACUUUAUCUACCAGUGGUGGGUGGCCCUGGAGCAGCUGCAACAACAGCAUCCCAUGGACCACAACCUCCUGGAGUUGAAAAUGGUGCAGGUGGUAUUUCAAGGCGUGCGCGGAGUUCUCUCAAGUUUCUCUCCCACAGGAGGAGCAGGACCCAUUGUUAUCCACACUGGUGAAGCAAGCCCUCAAGUCUUAUACCCCAACUACCAUAACUGCUGGAGCCUGUGGGAAAGAACCAGAGGCCAAAGGCAGGCUGCCUCUUUGCAGCCAGGAACAUCAGAGGAUUUGAAAAAGGUGAAGGAGGGGAUGGGCAUUGCCAGUAGUGAUGGAGUGGACUUCCUCAUUCUCCUUGAUAAUAUGGCUGCUGAGCAGGUGCACUGCCUCCUGAACUGCCCCAUGCUGAAGCGAUUUUCAUGGAUCAUUGAACAGAACUGUGGACACGGCCUCACAUGUGCAAAGAAAAGUCUUCAUAUGGCAGUAGGACCAUUUCUCUACCUCUUGGAGAGUAACCUGGUGAAAGCUGUGGACCUUGCCACUGCACCUGGAAAGAGAAAGCUGUACCUCUGUGUGGCUCUUGAUGUGACCAUUCUCUGAAUGGCCCUAGGGAUUUUUGACCACAGAUGGCCACCAUUUACUGUUGAUGGGAACAUGGAACUCUACCAGCACCAGGAAUCUAAGGAGUGGUUUGUGCAGCUCUAUUACCAUUGGGAGGGUGACUCAUGGCUGUGGCCCAGGUAGAAGUCAGAACUUGGCAUACAGAGGUAGGCUGAGAUUUGUGCUUUAUCCCAGUUCUUCUAUAGACUCCUUCUAGUGAUAGGAGUACCCUCUUCUUCUGUUUUUUCUGCCAGGUUGUAACAUCUUAAGAAGCCUAUUUUGAAAAUUAAUGAUGGUGUCUUAGAACAUGAUUUGUGCUGUCAGCACUCUUGAUUGAUACUUUGGCUGCCUCAGCAGCUUGC